AUGGAGGAAUCUUUGGGGACAGGCGCCAACAUGAACAUGAACGAGGGAGCUCCCAAUCAGCAGCAGCAGCAGCAGCAACCACAGCAGCAAGCACAGCAGACUGUCUAUCAGCAAUAUCCUUCGGUUCCAUUGUAUCCUGUAACUGCAACAACCGGUACGGCGCCUGUGGCGACCAAUGCGGUCCAAGCGACAGCUACUGCUUAUACAGCUCCAGCCACAACAACUGCGGCAGCUCAACCCUACCCAGGAUACUACCCAGCCACCACGACCACCACAGCCAAUAAUACUGGCUCGACAGCACUACCCAUUUGGCCAACAGCAGGAGGAGCUAUAGCACCCUAUCCAGUGGCGACGGCCACUGCCACCAAUCCCUACGCGGCAGCUCAAGCCACCACUGCAGCUGCAGCAGGUACUAGUAUUACCGCCACCAACCCCUACAAUGCAGCUCAGCAAACAACAGCAGUCACUCCCUAUCCAUCUACCACGGCCGCACGACAAUCGGCCAAGGCGGCAGCUGCCGCUUACAAGGCACAACAGCAACAACCA